GUGAGCGGCUGCAUCUAGGAGUAUGUCUGACGUUUCGAGUUUGGCGCCACGUGGCGAUCCGGAAGUGACGCCACCAGGAAGCAUUGGCGUGCAGUGACUCGGAGUCUCCGUGGCGCGGGAGGUGAUCUCGAGUUUAUCUGGGCCAUCAUGAAGAAGCGGUCAUGGCUGCACAUCUACACGGACGGCCCCGUCGACGCGCAGCAGUGGGACGUGGACCGGGCUGUUGUAGCCUCGGGCCUCUUCUUCCUGCUGCUGGGGGCGGCCGGUGCUUCUCUGCUGCCCUUCCUUCCCGUCUACCUGAGCGUGCUGGGCCUUGCACCCCUGCACCUGGGGCUGGUGGCGUCCUCGCGCGCGCUGGUGCACAUCGUGUGCGGCCCUGUGCUGUUGCGCUGUGCCAAACGCAGCCGCCGGCGCCGCCUGACCAUGCUGCUGGCGCUCGCAUGCGGCGCCACGGCUACCCUCGGCCUCACCGCAGUGCCGUCGGCACAACCGUGGUCGCUCUUCCGCGGCGGCAACACCACUGUGGAGUUCGCGAACGGGAGCUCGUUAAGCGAUGGCGCCACGGACCCCGGCAUUACACGAGCGGCAUUUGGCAAGGCGAUUAUAGGCAGCACGCACAGAGUAAGCACCGGCCCUGCUGUAACAUCGUUUGGCGCUACCUCACAACCUUUCAAUGCUACCACGCCAUCUGUUACCGCAGACUCGCCGUAUUUCAACAUCAGCUCAUCACCUUCCAGUGCUAGCUGGUCAUUUUUUGGAGGCAAAGAAGCCCGUUUGCCUUCUGACGGUGUCACCAGUGGUUUUGUGAGCCCCAGCACCGUUCCUUUAAACGCCAGGCCGGCUCCUCCUGACACCAUCCUGCCAACUUCUGCCACGGUUGAAGCUCGGCUGAACCAUCUUCCGACAACCCCGACUGGGUCAGCAGUGUCACCUGGUGUAGAUGAGAAGCCAAAGGCAAGCUGGAGCUCGACGUUGAGCUCCAACCCCAGUUCAACCACUCUGCUGCCCAACGCCGGCAAUCACGUGUCGUCGACGAGGUGGGGGGAGUCUGAGGAGGAGGCACCGCCGAUGAAGUUAAAGAGCUCAGUUGACGAUGGCGGAAAGGACAAAGAAGGGACGACAGUGAUGGUCGCGAUCAAAAAUGAAAAAAAAAUUCCAGUCGGAGACGAGAACGGCAGCCGAGCGGAGCGUGCGAUAUCUUCGAAUGACCUUGUCCCAGGCGAGCUCGCGUCGGUCUCGCCGCCACCGGCUAUGCCGCCAGUGGCGAGGCCUGCAGUGGCCAUGCUACGCCCAGCUGUCACGCUAUCCGCGUGGCGCGCGUUCGCCCUGGUGCUCGCUGUGUCCACCGCUGGGGCGGCGCUCUCAUCACCGCUGCACUCGCUGGCUGAUGACUCCCUCUAUGAGUACCUGGACCAGGUGGAUGCCACGGACAGGUACGGGCAGCACGAGCUGUGGAGCCUGCUGGGUGCAUCGGUAGCAGCGCUGGGCGCCUGCGCCCUGUCCCAGCGUGUGGAUUCGAUGCUGCCACACUUCUACACGUCGUCCGCGCUGCUCGCGGUCGCCCUGCUCGCGGCGCUCGCUUAUCCGGUGCACGGCGCCGCGGCCCCCACCGGCCCCGCAGCCUCGCUGCGGCGCGCCCUGCGACGCACGGCAUGUGGUCCCGACGCCGGCGCGCUGCUGUGCGCGCCCACACUGUUUGUGCUGGCUGCCACCGGCGCCGUCGUCGACUGCUUCAUCUUCUGCCGCAUGCGCGAGCUCGGCGGUUCAGAGAUGCUCAUGGGAGGGGCGGUGUCAGCGGCCGCCGCUGGCGAGCUGCUGCUGGCCUGGCUACGUCGCGGCGGCGGCGCCCUUGUGCGCCGCUGCCAGCGCUGCCCCAUCGACUUGAAUGCCGGCGUCACGGCCGCGCUGGGCAUAACAGUGUUCGCUGCGCAGGCACUCGCGUACUCGCUCCUGCGCACGCCGUGGGCGCUGGCGCUAGUAUACGCGGCGUCGGGUCUGGGGGCGCCGCUGGCGUGGCACGCCGUGCUGCGGCGCGUGGGACUCGAAUGCGCGCCGGGCGUCGGCGAGCGGACUGCGCGAUCCGUGGCACAGGCGCUUGCGGUGGGGCUGGGCGCGGGAGCCGGCGCCGCGGCUGGCGGCGCGCUGGUUCAGGAGGUGGGCGUGGAGCGGACGUUCCAGGGCUGUGCAGCGCUACUAGCCAUAUGGGCCGCGGCGUUUGGACUGGUGCAGGCGCGAGCGCCCAGGCCGAAGGGCCUCAGCUACUCCCGGCUGCUGUCCAACGAGAGCGACGCGUCAGACUCGGGGGACGAGCGCACGCGGGACUGGCUUGUGCAGGCGCUCGAGGAUGCAGACAAGUGAAGGCCGCACCGCUGAGAGGUUUUACUUUUGUCCAGGGGGGGGUGGGUUUGUGGUUGCUGUUGUCAUAUUGGUCAUUUCUUUUGUUUGAGCAGUGUGGGUUUAAUCAUUUUAAAGGUGAAGUGGGACAUUGCUGUGAUUGCUGGGUAAAAUACUUAGAGGUUCGACGACCAGGAGGAAGACCUUAAUCCACAUUGUGUUGUUGAUGAGACUAUAAUAAUACACCUUAGAGGUGUGGGGUCAACAACUUCACUCGUUACAAUUUUCUGCUGUUUCAAGGGCGACUCGGGCAACAGAUAACAGCAGCAGCAAAGCAUUACAAAUUUCCAGUUAAACGUUUUUUCUUAAAGAUAAUAAACACAAUUCUGUGAGUGUGAGCAUCCCAGUAUGCAUCGGUCACUCAAGGUGAUUAUCAUGAAUUUCAGAGGCUCCAUUUCUUUUGCUCCACCAAGAAGCUGAUUAAAUAAAUCCCCCCCCCCAACUCACCCACCCUAUAUCUCGAACACCAACGCUGAGCCAGUUCAGGCCAAUUAUAAUAAUUCCCUUUAUCCAUGAAGCCUCACUCUUUUUCACGAUGGUCCUAUCUCAUCUCUUAUUUGGCGAUCCUUCAGGUCGAUGAUGGUCUCUUUCGCAGGUUUUAUUUUACACGUGUCCUUGGGUGACAGAAGAGUUCAAUCCUUGAAAAGCAAACUCGUUGGCAGACAUUGUCGGUGGUGUGGGAUAGGCAGAGUUGGGCCUCGUUUGCCACAGCACAGUUUUCUGUUCUUUAUUUUCUGGUGUGUUUUUGCGACCAGGGCGAGGCGAUUUUCCUCAAAAGUAAUUGCCACAUUGCCCCGUCUUGGCCUACUGUCUCGCAGUGUGUGGUGCUGAUGCCACAUCUCUUGAUGUUUGUCUUGAGGGUAUCAUUUGUUUUGGCCUCCCGGUUUCCUUUCUGCUCUGAUUUGGGCAUACAAGCCCGUGUUUUGAUCAGGCUUACGCACACAGUCCCCACUGCACUCAGCUGGUGCUAGGGUAAUCGAGGCCUCAAAACUGACGUUUUUGGCCUCCGUGAGGACACCGAUCCUAUUGUAGCAACGAUCCUUCCAAUUGGUGUUGAGACUCUUCCAAAUUAGUGCCGGUGCUGGCGUUUUAGGUUUUUCAGGUGUUUUCCUUAAGUCACCCACGUCUCGCAGCUAUAGAGAAGAGUUGCAAUCACCAACACUAUGUAAACGAAACGUCUAGCGUGUGUUCUGAUGUCGUGGUUGUUGAACACCCGGAGAGAUAGUCUGUCAACGACCAGGCUGGCACAGCAGAUUCUGUGCUGAAUCUCAACAACCGUGUUUGCUCACUGUGAGAGGUGACUGCCAAGGUAGGCAAAGUGUUCUAUAUUUUUCAUUUACUCUCGGUCAAUGUAUAUCUCCCUUGCUGGAUAUGAUGGUUGACUGGGAGCAGGAUGAUGGAUAAUUUUUUUGUGAUGUUCAGGGUUAGCCCUCAGCUUUUGUGAGCAUCAGAGAGGCAGUUAACGGCUGUUUGUAGAUCCUCCUUUAAACACAUCACAGUCAUCUGUCUACUGGAAUUUGGUGAUUGUAGCCGAUGCUACGUUCUGGCAUAGAUGCGAGAGUGGUUAAAUAGGUUGCCGUCAGUCUGAUAUUGAAUGACAAUGCCCUGUGGCAGACACUCUUUGAUUAACAGUUUCAUAUCUGCUUGUAAAAUGGAGAAGAGUGUGGGUGCCAGUACACAACCUUGUUUUACGCCCCAGUUAGGAUGGCAAAGGGCUCGGAGAUAUAGAGCUACUGCACAGGAUGGAAUCAGUCGUCUGGUUGUGGAGGAGUUUCACAAUGGUGGUUAAUUUGCUUCAGCAGCCAAACUCUGACUUGGUUUUCCACAGAGACCUCACGGUUGACAGAAUCAGAGGCUUUGGUCAGAUUGAUGAAGUCCAUCAACAGCUCUUGGUCUUGUUCUGGGCAUUUUUCCUGGAUCUGCCUGGCUGCGAAAAUCAUUUUCGGUGGUGCCUCGUGAUGGUCUCAAGCCAUGCUCGGACUCUGGGAGUAAUUCCUCUGUUGGAACGAGCAGAACAGACUGUACGAGCCUCGCAGGCAUCUCACAAGCGAUGGAGAGGAUGGCAGUGCCUUGAUAGUUGCCACAGUCGGCCUUGUCUCCAUAAACUGGUGACGAUGUUAGUGCUGCGUCAGUCAGCAGUGUUCUUCAGUGGACCAGGAGCAUGUUUCUCCCCCCCCCAUUUCCAGUACUUCAGCUGGUAUACCAUCAGGACCUGAUGAUAUUUCUCGUUAAAAAACGUUGUUCAAGAGUGGAAAAUGGUGGGGCUGAAACGUAGGUCAGUUUUUAACAAUGGUUAGGAGUCAGUGGGAAAACAAUUUUAGUUGCUCAAGUUUUUGCUUAACAAGCUUUUGUCACAAUGUAUCUCGCUCGUGAAGUGAGACAUGCCUGUAAGUUCAACUCAAGGGUCGUUAUGCAACUGGCCAAUGAGGUAAAUCGUGAGAACUUGUGAAGCGAAGAGGUGAACGAAGAGGUGAACUUGUGAAGCGAAGAGGUGUGUGUAUCCUGUGCUGAUUUGCUUAAUGUGUAUUCUUCCUGUGAGCUCAUUUCUGAUGCCAGCUGCAUCUGUCAUGUGCAAUGCCUGUAUCUUGGUUGGCCACUAAAGUAAUUUACAAGCAGCGUGAGUUAACUUAAAGCAUAUCGCUUAUAUUUUGGUACUGCAAAUAACUGCCAUGCAGACUUUAUUUUCCUUAUUUCAUUUUGGUUCAAUAUGUAUAUAUAAAUAUAUAUGAUUGAGUCUGAAGUUUGUUCAUGGGUUAAUGUUUACAAGUUCUUAGAGGCAUGCCAAAGUUACUUUUACGUUUUUAAAGCUCAGCUUAAAUUGGCAUAAAAUUGGAUGUUUUCAUUCUUAGAAAAUUUAUAUUAUCUGGGUACUGUACACAAUAUUGAUUGCUCGGUUUACAAAGUACAUUCCCAAGAUGGUACUUAAUGAAUGUGCUUGAAUAAUAGCCUUGAACAAAUUUUGAAUAAAGUCUUCCUAUUGACAGCAGGCACGUAGCGAUAUCUUCUUUGGCUGAAGAGGUGCAGUGCUUGUUAAGACUUCGCAUGUGCACACGUGUCAUGGCACGUCCAGCUAGAUUUGAGUAAUGCUGACCAAGCAACGCUGUUAGAAUGCCAAUAAUUUAUUUACCCAAGAAAGCCUCGACGAGCCUCAACAAUAUUUCAGGAGUAGCCUGAAUUGAGAUGUAGCAAAUCCCUUUGGUGCAUUGUUUAGCUACAGGUCGGAGGAAACCAGACUAACCAGAUAAAACCCAGACAUUCAAAACUUUUUUUUUACAAUUUUUUAUUUUACGAGGUAAGGGCCCACUGAGCUAUAUAGCUAUUUUUCAGAAGCGAUCUGGCCACAAAUGAUAGCGCAACAAAGUGGCUUAUCGCGUGUAAAUGUAUUGUAGCCAAAUACUCUAAAUGCGUGUUGAUUCUAAAUGUGGAGGAAAAAAGCAGAGGAACUGGAGAAAAAUACACAUGACCACAGAGAGAACAUGCAAACUCCAAAUGUACAGGCAUUAAGGUCGGGAUUGAACCCACGACCUCCUGUAUACCAGGCGAGGUAGUUAACAUCUCGCCACCGCAUCACCCUUGAGUAUCACUCAAAAGAGUGUUACUCGCCACUACCAUCUCCUGGCUACUACCUUGCAGCCCCUCGCCUAAAACACCUGGCAAGCCCUGGAUUAUACUUAGGUGGUCACCCACCCAAUCCAGGCUCAGCACUGCUUAGCUUCUGAGAUAUGAUGUGACUGGGCACAUUCAGGUUGAUUUGGUUGUAUGUGCCUUUACAUUGAGGUGCUUUACAGAAAAUUCUCAAUGAGAAGCCUCAUUGAAUAAAGGUUUGUUCAGAAUAAGAAUGUAAAGUCUCGUUGAGAUGCCUCACUGCAGCGCUUCAUUGAUAAUACCCGAUGAGUAACUUUAAAUAGAAACCUUGAGUUGGUGCUGCAGAGUUUCUCCUCUCCUGUGUGGCAUAGCCCAGGGCGUGAGUUCAGGUUAACCCUGCCCCUCUACCCAUGUGGCUACUGCCCCGGACCUCCUGGCUCCUCGUGCUGCUCCUUGUGCUCCCAUACUUCGUGCUGCUGCUGCUCCCUGUCUGUCCCGGAGCUGUGCUGCCGCACGUAGCACAGGUAGCAGGUCCACAAGAAGGCACAGACGCCCACAAACACUGAACGCGCGUACGGAGGCACCAGCGUGAAGUUGAUGGUCUGCAGGACAGGGGACACGGCAUCAGUAACAGCAGCUUGCAAACUUGGCCACCUAACAAACUAAUUUCCUUAUUCAGAAAAGCUUCACUGAGGAGGCCCGAAUUCUUAGAGAUGGCUCGGCUCAGGUUUGGGUUUGGCUCAAGGGAGCAAGUUAAAAACCCUAACACUCAACUUGAGCCAGCUCUGAGCAUGAUCCCAGCCGUACUUGGGAUUUCCAUCAGCUGAGCCGAGCCACGGCUGAGUGCAUCACUCAUGCGUCUUUGACAGCAAGUGAGAGGCUUAAACCCGAGCCGAUUCUGAGUGUUGAGAGUCCAAACUAAAGCCGAGCCACGACUAAGAUCAUAGCUUUGACAUUUUCAAAAGGAUCCUGCAUUAGCAUGUUUGGCAACUUUAUUUUUUUAAAUAAUGGUUAAUAUGCAGGAUAAAACUAAUGACCAUGAAAACCCAGAGCAUAGACACAAACAAGAGACAUCUAUUGACCCCUGAGAAAAUCCGUAGCCAUCGGCAGGACACAUCGCUCGCCAUUAGGGAUGAUGGCUGAUUGUCAAGACCGGUGAUGGAACGGGAACUCCAGAGGGUAACUGCCACGGAGACAAUAGGAUGAGACUGGCUCAUUUGCAGGAGCUGGAUGGAUUGUUCCCUUACGAGACUGAGGUUUUGGCAAUGACUUGGAGAUGCCUUCAUCCAGCAGCAGAUAGAUCAUGGUUGAUGAUGAUAAUGAACACUCAAAAAAAUUCAAACGGAUGGGUGAAUGAACAUGCCGUACUGUGUAGAAAGCGUGGAUCACAGGCAUAGCCCACCACACCCAGCACACCUGAUACAUGUGUAGAGGAAUGAAAUACGCGGUGUGCACAGUUAACCGAGGGUAACUGAGGGCAAACAGGUGCGCGUGUGCAACAUGAGGUUGCACGGACAAACCGCCAGUUGUUAAGGGGCGAAGCAGGUACAAACUGGGUCGACCGGUUGUGUACGUUGAGACCGGAGGUGUUGCCAGGCAGAUGGGAGAUAAGGGUUGAUUGAUGGGCCAACAGGCGUCGGCCUGGCAAGAGCUUAAAGAGACGCAUGAGAGGUCUCAGAUAAUUAGCAGAGGGAUAUAAGGGUGUGUGCGUGAGCGGAGAGGGAGUUGUUGCCGGGGUCGAAGAGUGACGACAUCUCGCCUCUGCCCCUCCAGCCGUCAACUUGACCUCAACCCAGAUGGGUGAGCGGGUCUUAGGGGCAGCGGUGGAGAUGUAGAGUUGCUGUGUGUGGAGACGCUGUGUGCGGAGACGCUGAGAGCAGAGCUGCCAAGUGCAGGAUAAGUGAGGUGGAAGGUAGAUAGUGGGGAGAGG